ACAGGCAUCAGAAGUCGUUUCGCAGUAGAAACGGAAACAUUCCUUACUUUCUUAGAAAAACACAAUUAAUAUCAACCAUGAAGCUGUUAAUUUUUGUGUUAGCCUUAUCAUGUGCUAUCGUUUAUACGAGCGCCGAUUUGUGGAAACCCGAACCACUGCCCACCGAUCCAAUUCUGUCACAUAAUCCGCGUUCUCGUGACCAAGCCGAAAAUGAUUUUGGUGUAACCGAUGGCUUUCGCUUCAGACGGGAGGCAGAACCACAAGGAGGUUCAAUAAACUUCCAGGGGACGCAGCCUCUGAGCGGUCCAAACCGCCAACCUAGCUGUGAUCUUAAUGUCAAUCGCAAUAUCUUGAACAAUGGUCAUACAACGGCGGAUGUCUACGGGGGAUUGAAUAAAGUACCUGGACAACGAGUGCAGCCGCACGUCGGCAUCCAGGCUGAGAGAAACUUUGGCAAUAACGGUUUCAUCAGAGGUCACACUCAAAUUCAACCACGCCCGGGAGGCCAUGGACUCUCUCCCUCGAUUGGUGUAACCGGUGGUUUCCGAUUCAAACGGGAGGUAGAACCACAAGGAGGUUCAAUAAACUUCCAGGGGACGCAGCCUCUGAGCGGUCCAAACCGCCAACCUAGCUGGGAUCUUAAUGUCAAUCGCAAUAUCUUGAACAAUGGUCAUACAACGGCGGAUGUCUACGGAGGAUUGAAUAAAGUACCUGGACAACGAGUGCAGCCGCACGUCGGCGUCCAGGCUGAGAGAAACUUUGGCAAUAACGGUUUCAUCAGAGGUCACACUCAAAUUCAACCACGCCCGGGAGGCCAUGGACUCUCUCCCUCGGUUGGUGUAACCGGUGGUUUCCGAUUCAGACGGGAGGCAGAACCACACGGAGGUUCAAUAAACUUCCAGGGGACGCAGGCUCUGAGCAGUCCGAACCGCCAACCUAGCUGGGAUCUUAACGCCAAUCGCAAUAUUUAUAACAAUGGUCGCACAACGGCGGAUGUCUAUGGAGGAUUGAAUAAAGUACCUGGACAACGAGUGCAGCCGCACGUCGGCGUCCAGGUUGAGAGAAACUUUGGCAAAGACGGUUUCAUCAGAGGUCACACUCAAAUUCAACCACGCCCGGGAGGCCAUGGACUCUCUCCCUCGGUUGGUGUAACUGGUGGUUUUCGAUUCAGAAGGGCAGCCGAAGAUGCUGAUAAAGCAGUAUCCGCCGAAGAAUAGUAAUUCUUAAGUUUUAAUACUCUUAAAUUAAUAUUAUUUAUAUACACACAUUUAUAAAAAAACUCAUUUUUUAAACCGAUCUUCAAAUUGUUAAGACUAUAUUUAUCUAUGCAUAAAAUACAUACUAUUUUAUAUAUUAUUUACAAAUUACGAUAUUUUGAGGCUAUUUCAUGAAAUAUUAUAUAAUAUACGCAUGUUUUUUAAUAUUAUCUAUUUAUAUAAAUAAAAUUGUAUAGAAAUAUUUUUUUAUGUACAUGUAUGUAUUUAAUAACUAUUUUAUGUUAUAAAUAAAGUAGUUGUCA